CAAUUUGCUGCAUGUACCUUUAAUGUGGCUGGAGCUGGAGAGAAGUCGACACACUCAUUUUCCCCUUGGAAUCCACAUUUUCCUCCAGUUAAAUAUCGUAGGUCUAUUUUUCAAUUAUAUGAACAUUACACGUCGAACCCUCAGCUCUGUAUGCCGCUUGAUUAACAUCAACUGUAUCAGAAACAUCUCCUACUCACAGUGUGCUAUGACAUCAUCAAGGCAUACAAACUCCAAAAGGAUUGAGGGACUGGACAAGAAUGUUUGGGUGGCCUUUACCUCGGUGGCUGCAGACCCCACCAUAGUGAACCUGGGCCAGGGCUACCCUGACAUUCCUCCCCCAGCCUACGUCAAGGAGGCCCUGGCUAACGCUGCUGCAGUGGACAAGCUCAACCAGUACACAAGAGGCUUUGGCCACCCGUCUCUGGUGAAGGCUCUUUCUCAGGUGUAUGGGAAAGUGUAUGGACACCAGAUUGAUCCUUUCAAGGAGAUACUGGUCACAGUAGGUGGCUAUGGAUCCUUGUUCAGUACCAUGCAGGCACUGGUGGAAGUGGGAGAUGAGGUUAUAAUCAUCGAACCCUUCUUUGAUUGCUAUGUACCCAUGGUUCGAAUGGCAGGGGCAACACCUGUCUUGAUACCAUUACGACUUAGAUCCAAUAAGGAGACCAGUAGUGUUUCCAGUGCUGACUGGGUCCUGGAUCCAGAGGAACUAGCCAGUAAAUUCACCUCAAAGACCAAGGCCAUCAUUAUUAACACUCCUAACAACCCCAUUGGGAAGAUAUUCACCAAGAGUGAGCUUCAGACUAUCUCCGACCUCUGCAUCAAACACGAUACUCUGUGCAUCAGUGAUGAGGUGUAUGAAUGGCUCAUCUACAAGGGACACCAACACAUCAAAAUAGCCACUCUUCCUGGCAUGUGGGACAGAACGAUCACCAUCAGCAGUGCAGGGAAGACCUUUAGUGUGACGGGCUGGAAGCUUGGCUGGUCUAUAGGGCCAGAACACUUGAUAAAGCACCUUCAGACUGUUAUGCAGAACACCUUGUACACCUGUCCAACGCCGCUGCAGGAGGCUGUGGCCCAGGGCCUGCUGAGGGACUAUGAGCUGAUGGGUCGACCUGAGUGUUACUUCUCCUCUCUGGCCGUGGAGCUGGAGGGGAAGAGGGACCGCAUGGCUGCUAUCCUACAGGACGUUGGCAUGUCUCCUAUCAUACCCGAGGGAGGGUACUUCAUGUGCGUUGACGUCACACCCCUUAGUCAGGACUUGUCUCAUAUGGGAGAUGAUGAGCCUUACGACUACAAGUUUGUCAAGUGGAUGAUUAAGGAGAAGAAACUGGCAGCCAUUCCAGUCACAGCGUUCUGUGGUGAUGCUUCCAAGAAGCAGUUUGAGAAAUACAUCCGUCUAUGCUUCAUCAAGCAAGACAGCACCCUGGAUGCAGCCGAGGCUAUUCUCAAGAACUGGAACAAGUAAAAUAAGUCCUGUUGGAUACAGACAGGCUUCUCUGGAAUGAUCCCAAAUUGACCAGAUCCAGGCCUGCGACCCCAAAUCUGUCAUUUCCCCUGGAGAAAGUUCGGCCUACAUUAACAUGUCCUUCCUGUCGGUCGAUAAGGGACCUGAAGACAAGAACCCACCUAGUCAUCACUUUGGCUAAGGACAUCCUGUUUGGCCUAGUAAUAGAUAAUACUAUAGGUCUACAACUACCACCAAUCUUGUAUUCUGCUCAUAAUGUAGGUAGAUUUACAGUCCAGUGAAAACUAUUUUCAGUUUGGAAGAGAGUUUGGCAAAUCCAAGGUGUUGUUCAUUGUGAAGGACUGAUGUUUUUUUUAAUCAUGCUUAAGACCUUCAGUAGACAACACAUUCCCAUAUAUCACUUAGUAAAAGGGGGCAGGAAAAAGAUGGAGUUUCCUAUCAAACCCAAUGUUGUAAAAUAUUCCUGAAAUGAUACCACUGCUCUACCUCUACUUGUAUGCAUUUGACUAAACAGUAUUGGGAAUAUCACCCUCCUUUAUCAGCAGUAGGUUUAUACAGUGUCAGCAUGGCUGGUUCCUGCUCUGUCAAACUACACACACACCCUGUUUCAGUCACGCAGGCUGGGGCACAGUACAGCCUCUUCCAUGUGCAGCCCUAGACCGUGGGAGAGGGAUCCUGUUUCUCAAGUCAGACUCAUCUGAGUCAGAGUAUACUUGUAGUGUAGCACGCACACACGGUCUGAAAACGUGACUUGAGGCUGGUUUGUCAGGUUUCACUAGAGGUACCAGUUCAUUAUCUACGAGUGUUUCAGUUCAGGUUGAAGUACCAGUCAAAAGUUUGGACACACCUACUCAUUCAAGGUUUUUUCUUCAUAAUUGACCAUUUUUACAUUGCAGAAGAACAGUGAGACAAACUAUGGAAUCAUGUAGUAACCAAAAUGUGUUAAUCUAAAUAUAUUUUAUUUGAGAUUCUUCAAAGGAGCCACCCUUUGCCUUUGACAGCUUUGCGCACUCUUGGCAUUCUCUCAACCAGCUUCAUGAGGUAGUCACCUGGAAUGCAUUUCAAUUAACUGGUGUGCCUUGUUAAAAGUACAUUUGUGGAAUUUCUUUCCUGCCUCAGUGUGUUUGAGCCAAUCAGUUGUGUUAUGACAAGAUAGGGGUGGUAUACAGAAGAUGGUCUUUUACCAAAUAGGGCCAAGUCCAUAUUAUUGCAAGAACAGCUCAAAUAAGCAACGAGAAAUGACAGUCCAUCAUUACUUUAAGACAUGGUCAGUCAAUCUGGAAAAUUUAAAGAAACUACUUUUAAUGUUUCUUCAAGUGCAGUUGCAAAAACCAUCAAGCGCUAUGAUGAAACUGGCUCUCAUGAGGACCAUAUGUGGUCCCACCGUGAAGGAGGUGUGAUGGUGCUUUGCUGGUGACGGUGGUCUGUGAUUUAUUUAGAAUUCAAGGCACAUUUAACCAGCAUGGCUACUACAGCAUUCUGCAGCGAUACGCCAUCCCAUUUGUUUUUCAACAAGACAUGACCCAACACACAUCCAGGCUGUGUAAGGGCUAUUUGACCAAGAAGGAGAGUGAUGGAGUGCUGCAUCAGAUGACCUGGCCUCCACAAUCACCCAACCUCAAUCCAAUUGAGAUGGUUUGGGAUGAGUUGGACCGCAGAGUGAAGGAAAAACAGCCAACAAGUGCUCAGCAAAUGUAGGAACUCCUUCAAGACUGUUGGAAAAGCAUUCCAGGUGAAGCUGGUUGAGAGAAUGCCAAGUGUGCAAAGCUGUCAAGGCAAAGGGUGGCUACUUUGAAGAAUCUAAAAUAUAUGUGGAUUUGUUUAACACUCUUUUGGUUACUACAUGAUUCCAUAUGUGUUAUUUCAUAGUUGAUGUUUUCACUAUUAUUCUACAAUGUAAAAAAAAACAAGACAAACCCUUGAAUGACUAGGUGUGUCCAAACUGUUGACUGGUAGUGUAUAUGUUACCAGACUGUCAACCGUAUUCCCCUUUGGCCCCAUGCCACACCAUUAUUCCCUGUUUGUUAGAAUACACUACAUAAAUACCUCAACAACCUAUAUCUCCUAAUCACUUGAAGAGGAAUAGCCAGAGACUUUGCUUCCAUUAUAUGAAGUAUGUAUUUAAUUACUUGUGAUAUGUUGGUCUAAUGUUUUCUUGACAUGAGCUAGCCACACAGAACCAUAGUUGUAUAAAUGACUGACAAUGCAUGGUCCAAUCAGCAGACAUUCUGAUUCAGCUAACAGACAACAAAAAAAAUAAAAAAAAUAGGCCAUCGAGCCCUAGAACAUUUAAAACAGUCUAAAAUUGAGAUCAAAAUACUGAAGAGGUGGUUGUCACACCAUCAUGAACAGUUCCACACAUGAGCAAACACAACACCAGACUAGGACUGUCUUUUCAAAAUGACUACAAAAAAAAAGUAUUCUUGUUUCGACAUGUCACACGCCAACAACAAUGACACUUUUGUUAUUGUAAAUAUAUAUAUAUUUCUACAUUCCGUUUGAAAAUAGCUCAGUCUCUCACGAGCUGCAUCUAAACAUCCUGUAAAACAUGAUUAUACUGUACAUCAGAGUCAACAUGAUAGUGUUCUUUCUUAUAAAACAGUAUAAAACUAAGUUAGCUUCUUUUGUUCAAUACAUGAUGUAUGUGGAGGAGGACAAACUGAAAACCCAUCAAAGAGUAAAAGUCGAUUGGAGUUAAACUGCUUUACAAGGUUCAAGUGCUCCAAUCAAUGUUUAAUCUUGGCCAAGGUCUCUUCUGUCAGAUGCAGAUAGUUUCAGAAGAGAAGACUGAAUUUUUUUUGGCAGCUGGCUUUGGUAGGUUUUCAGUACCUGAUGAUAGUUACAGAUUGAAAGCCCUUAAAUUGUGUUAACAUUAAACUGUUUAAGGCAACUUUUAAAUAAAUGCAAUAACAUCCUGCUAGAUCAGUCAGAAUGAUACAUGUGGUAACGCCUUUCAUACAUUUCUUGUUAUUGGGCCAUAAUUCAAUUUCUACACGCCACAGUUACGCCUCAUAAGCUAUUAACUUGAUUUUCAGUCUAUCCUUUUUUUUUGUUCAGAGAAAUAUCAACAAAAAAUAAAAUUAAAAAGAGCUGAA